CGGCAAAGGUUAGUGGUGACGUCAUUCGUCUUUGUUGACAUGCUAAAAUCUAGGCUACAUAUUUAGCAAUCUUUUCUGUCUUAUUUGUUUUCAUGGCGAGCCCAAAACCCGUCAACGUCAGCUCCGUGCCCGUAGAUGAAUUCAGCAAUAUACGAAUUACAUCCAUUUGGACGCUCCUCGUCUCUGUGAAGUGGUCGGAGCCGUGGCUGAUUGCCGGUGUUGUCUUUCACAUAGUUUGUCUUUUCCUGACUGUGCUGACGUGCAAGUAUUACAGAGCGCAGAUUUGCCACUUCCUCCUCAUACUUGCCUUGGUGUACAGCGCAGAGUAUUUAAACGAACUAGCGGCGAUGAACUGGAGGUCUUUCUCCGAGUUCCAUUACUUUGACUCCAAGGGCAUGUUCAUAUCGCUGGUCUUCUCCAUCCCGUUGCUCUUCAACGCCGUCAUCAUCGUGGCGGUGUGGCUGCGGAGGACCUUCUCCACCAUGGCCGAGCUGAAGACGCUGCAGCUCAAGCGGAAGGCCCGCCUGCCCAAGAAAAGCGACUGAUCCGUUUGGGCUCAAACGUCACAAAGGGACCGGAGUUCUGUUCUUAAGCAGAGGUGGACAAGCUGGGGCCUGCGGGCCACGGACGCGACCCCCCCCCCCCCCACCCCCCUCCGGAUCAUAAAAAAUCCAAAAACAAGUCCGCUCGCAGAGGAUUUGUUAGGAAAGACGGAACGGCGCCAACCCCCGUGUGUGGAAGCCAUGUCGGAAAGAGACCAAAAUGGUUUGUAUUU